AUUUUCAGUUUUCACCCUUGUUCUCCUAAGCAGAUCAGAUCAUAGGCUUGGAAAUGAAAUUUCGUCCAGCACAGAUUAUUUAGUACAACCACUCUAAGAUUGGCACCUGUCCACCAACUACACUGUUUAAAGCGACAAUCCACCUAGAAAAUGCAUAGAUUGCAAGGAUUUAAUUGGGAGAUCCAGGGGGGACCUUAGGGCCACCAUCUUUGUUUAUUCAUCAGUGACACCAGAGAUGCUUACUUUGAUUACUAUGUAUUCCAUACAUUAUAAAAAUUUUGACAGUUGAUUUGUUAUUAUUGUUUUGCUGGCAAUCAAAACUUCUAAAAAGUACCUGUACCGUUAUACUGGUCGUACCCGGUGUACAAGACUUUGCCUCGACAAUAUUCAUGUUAUCUCAGUCUUGAAACAUACAUGAUCAAUCCUUAAUAAUGGUAAGCACACUUCUUUCCCCUUUUGUCUGAGUGCUGGCACAUGUUUCAUCAUCUGUGUCACACCUGUCCUUUGGCUUCUAUAAAGAAACAAAAGUAAACGCUCUGCCUAACAGCUUCCCAAUAUAGAAAGACACGGGGGAUCAUUUUGGCGAGUCCCAUCUUGAUCCCCUUUCAUCAUUGACUUACCAUCUGUCCAUUGAUCCACUCAGCAAAUGCUAAUAAAUAUUGUUGUUGCCUAUCACAUUUCACAAAUCUUAAUCACAUCUAGUACUCUCGUACUCUAAUUUCGAGUGGGACAUACUGUGUGUUUUUGUUUUGACAGUAAGUUCACUUCUAGUUUUGCUUACUAUCAAUCAAAGCUCUGUUUGUUGCUUGUAUGGAUCAUCUAGGCCUAGUGCCGGUGCAAGAAGAUAAUGGAGUGAGUUCAUGUUACUGGAGGGAGGCAUCCAGUGCUGUUCCACAAGCAAUGGAAGGUCUCCAAGGCACGAGUCCUCCCCCGUUUCUUAGCAAGAUUUGUGACAUUGUGGAUGAUCCAAACACCAACCAUAUUGUUUCUUGGGGCAAAGAAAACAAUAGUUUUGUUGUUUGGGAUCCCGAUGCUUUUGCCCUUCAACUGCUUCCCAAAUACUUCAAGCAUAGUAAAUUGUCAAGUUUUAUCAGGCAGCUUAAUACAUAUGGCUUUAGAAAAGUGGAUCCAGACAAAUUGGAGUUUGCCAGUGAAUGGUUUUUAAGGGGACAGAGGCAUCUUUUGAAACAAGUAAGGAGGAGGAAACCACCUUCCAAUCUUCAUCAUCCACUCCAAGGUCCCAGUGAGUCCUGUGUUGAAGUAGUUCGUUGUGGGUCAGAAGUAGGAACCGAUGGCUUGAGGUUUGACAAGGAAGUCUUAAGGGCGGAGCUGGUUAGACUUGCACAAGAAAUCCAGAACACUAAAGCACACCUAAGAGCAAUGAAAAGCAGACUAAAAGAGACAGAGAUAAAGCAACAAGAUAUCAUGGCCUUUUUGGCAAAAAUGAUCCGUAAUCCAAGUUCAAUGCAGAAGUUAGCUAAAUCAUUUAAAAGGGACAAACUUGUGGAAGCAGUCGGUAAGAAGAGAAGUAAGGCAAGUGGUCAUGUAUAUGGAAGUGUUGAGGUCCGAAGGCGGUUUUAUGCUGAAUCAGGAAGAAAGGAUUUUGGUGACAUCAAAGUCCCGGUGAUAAAAACGCUCUCUUUGAAAAAGCAAGAACUGAAAGAAACCUAUGAAGAGAGUCAGCAGAGAUAUGAAGGAGAAAAUAAAGGACUUGAUAAGCAGUUUUGGCAAGACCUGCUGAAUAAUUGUAUAACAGAAGAGUCAGGUCUGUUUAGUGUUGGCUGAUCAGAUUGGUUUUGAGAAUCAUUAAGAUAGUAAACUGUUGCUCUGUCAGCCAAAACCAAUCUUGAGAUAGAUCUCAUUUUGGUUUCUUCUUUAUAUAAUUGAAGGCAUAAUUGAAGCCUAAGCCUGCUUGAUUAGUUGGCUUUCUAUUUCA